UAUACUUGUACAUAAUCCAAAAAAUAUGUCCACAAGCCCAAGUCCUCCAUGUUCAUGUAAUCAAGAAAACAACAACCAUGAAUUGGCUUCUGAAUAUUCUCUGCAUACUAAAUUUUCUAAUUUCAUGCACUAAAGCUCAACAAGAAUACUCAGCAAAUUCAGUGUUGAAUUGCAACAACAAAUAUGAAACAAAUUACUCUUGCAAUGGCAGAAAUUCCACUUGCCAGGCAUUUCUCAUAUUCAGGGCUAGGAAUCCUUACAAUUCAGUCCCUGGAAUUGCUGCUCUCAUGUCUUCAAACAUAUCUGAGAUCGCCCGUAUCAACAAUGUCACGAGGCUCACUUUUUUCACGCCGGAAAGGGAGGUUAUAAUUCCAGUGAGCUGCUCUUGUUCAGGUUUGUAUUAUCAAGCCAAAACUAUGUACUAUAUCCCAGCUCCUAUUGAAACAUAUUUUAUGAUAGCUAAUGGUACUUAUCAAGGAUUAUCGACCUGUAAUGCACUACAACGUCAAAAUAUAUAUGACGAGUUCAAUUUGAGACCUGGUCUUGAGUUGCAAGUUCCUCUCAGAUGUGCCUGUCCAACAGCAAAACAAGCUGCAAAAGGCUCAAAGUAUUUGAUGACUUAUUCAAUUGACGUUGGUGAUGACAUCCUUAAAAUUAGCAAAAGAUUUAAUGUAAGUGUAAAGCACAUAGUUGAAGCAAAUGGAUUCUUGAAUGAAAAUCCUCUUUUGUUUCCUUUUACAACCAUUCUAAUUCCUCUGCCUUCUGAACCAUCAAAUUUAGAUACCGGAAAUGAGAACUAUACAAAACCAGUUAAGUCCUUUUCACCUCCACCUGCAGCUAACUUUUCAAGGGGAAAAUCAAAGAGGAAUCUUUACAUAGUUAGUGGAGUAGCAACAGGUUUUUUCCUGUUGCUACUUGUGGUAUUCUGGGUCAUCCUUCUUGUUUUCUUUAAGAAGAGGGCAAGCGAAGUUCCGUGUGAAGACAUCCUCGUUGAGAUCGCGAACAUUGAUCAUGUCCCUAAAGUUUUCAAGUUCAAAGAAUUGAAGCAUGCUACGUUAAACUUUGGCUCCAAGAACCAGAUAAAGGGAUCUGUAUACCGGGGAGUGUUAAAAGGGGAAAUCUUGGCAGUCAAAAAGGCGAUCACGGAUAUAUCUAAGGAAGUGAACAUGCUGCAUAAGAUCAACCACUUCAAUGUAAUAAAGCUUUGUGGCUAUUGUGAACAUAAAGGCAGCUUCUUUCUUGUCUUUGAAUACAUGAAGAAUGGCUCUCUCAGAGAAUGGCUGACCAAAACCAAGUCUCGCGAUACCAUAAGCUGGAAAAAAAGGAUUCAGAUUGCAUUGGAUGUAGCUAAUGGACUUCAUUAUCUUCACUGCUUUACCAACCCAGGCUACAUCCACAAGAACAUCAACAGCAGAAACAUUCUCCUAGACAGCAACUUCCGAGCAAAGAUUGCAAAUUUCAGUCUUGCUAAAGAAACGGAUACAUCAGGCACGACAAGGAAAGUUGUGGGAACGACAGGAUACAUGGCGCCCGAGUAUCUUGAGACAGGGUCAGUAACUUCCAAGAUGGACAUUUAUGCCUUUGGAGUUGUACUUUUGGAAUUAGUCACUGGAAAAGAUGCUGUAAUUGUAGAGGAAGGUGGAGAAACUCUGCUUUCUGUAGCAGUAGCUGCAGUAAUGGAAGGAGAAAAUGCUGAAACUGUACUGGACGGAUUCAUUGAAGCACAUAUGAGGGAAGAUGAUGAUUUGGAAAUAGCAUUUCCUGUAGCAAGCUUAAGCUUAAGAUGCUUGACUCGAGAACCAUCGAAUCGUCCAAGCAUGGAAGAGAUGGUAUCAUGUUUACUGAAGAUUCAAGUUAAUGUACAUAAGACAGAACAACCAGUAAGAAUUGAGACCAUGGACAUAGGAGGGGUUUAACUUAUUCCAG